AUGAAACGCUCAAGAAGCACUCGUGAAGUGAUUGAGGAGAAAGAGACUCAAGUCUACGUGAACACCAACGAGCCGAAAGAAACGGCAGGCAACACAAAUAACAGUGACUUAGACUUUCACAUUUUUAAAGACGAAGAAAAAGAAGAAAAAAGAUUUAAUUGGAAUGGUAAAAACAAUCUCACAACAGCAUUGAACGAGUGCAUGAACCAAAUGUGUGACAGUUUUCCCUUCGCUUGCAAACCACACACAUUCAAGCAGCUCAAUGAGAAAGUCUUAAAAUGUUCAGAAAAUCAAAUGACAAGAAAUUCAUUGCAACCGGUGCAUAAAACAGCAAAACUACAAAAAACGCAUUGGAUUUGA